UUCGUGCUGCACAGCACAGCAUGUUUGCUGCUGUACGCCGCGACCAUGCUCGAGCCGACGACGGUAUACGUCGCCCCUGUUGCCUCGUGCCGUGUCGGCGGUGGCGGCGGCGUUGGAUUUGGGAAUAGAACAGUCUGUUUUGCUGCGCUGCUGGUGCUGCUUGGUGCUGCUCGGUCGACGGCGGUUGCACCCGGAACAACGAGCUCGGGCAGCGGUGCCGCCGAGCCUGGCGAGGAAGAAAUCGCUGGCGUCGUGGCGCAGGCGCUCGCGUCGAACAGUGACAAGGCCGCUUCCGUUCUCUCUCAGCUCGAAUCGCUCCUGGCGUCGCUGGAAUCGUUCCUGGCGGAGUACGGCUUACCGUCCGCUUCCUUGGUAUUCCCCGGGGUCGCUAUCGCCAUCUUCUUGCUCGUGUUGCUCGGGAAGGUCGGCAUCGGCGGCGGGGGUGGCAGCGGGUCGUCAAAGAAACGCAAAGGUGUGGUGCUAUUUCUCGGGCCCUGUGGCUCCGGGAAGACGGCCAUGUGCUACCGACUCUCCCACGGCGGAGAAACCGGCCUAGUGCCGACGACAACCUCGAUGGAGACCUGCAGGUAUCCCUGCAGCAGCGGCCGGCUAUCCGAACUACUAGCUCGAAACGGCAAUGGACCCUCGUCUUCUGCUCGGUCCGGGUCGCUGGUGGACUACCCAGGCCACGAGAGACUCAGGGGCGGGGUGGGCGAAGAGCUGCGCGGGGCCGACCGCGUCGUGUUCAUGCUGGACGGGUCCUGUCUCGCGGCGCAGGUGGCGGCCGGCGCCGAGCUCCUUUACGACGUCCUCACCAACCCGUCGCUCGAGGGCUGCCGAGGGCUCAUGCUCGCGCUCAACAAGAGCGACCUCAAAGAGGCCAAGGCGUCUCGGGCCAAGACCCUGCUGCAGAAGGAGCUGGACAAGCUGAGAGGCACCCGCGGGAUGCUUGGGACGCAGGGGGAGGAGGACGACAUGCCGGUCGCGAUGGCGUUGGGGCGGCCCGGGCAGCCCUUCAGCCUGGAGGUGGAUUCGCCUUGCGAGGUGGUCGUCGCGAGUUGUUCUGUGGCGAAGGCAGGGGGGCUGGACUCGGUGGUAGACUUCGUGCGCGCGUCGCUUGUGUAAGGCUAGCGCAGAGAUGGGGAGGUGGCCUAUAAUGUUCCGUGGUUGGUAAAGAGUUCUGAGAACUCGUGCCUGACGAGGUGGUGGUCGGGAACGUGGUGGAAUUACUCCGUUUGCGACCGUUAUUUUGGCCUGUAGCGUGAAUACCAGGCCAGCAGUCCUUCGCAAGAGUCAGCGUGGUCCAUGGUGAUUUGAAAAACAGGUGGAACGGUAAAUUGUUAAAUAAUUGAUAAGUCAAACAGUACAGCAA